AUGGCACCACCCGGAGAGCAUUACUCGUUAGACGAAUUUGUCAAACUGGACAAAAUCGGAGAGGGUACGUAUGGUGUAGUAUAUAAGGGAAAGCAUAAGAAGACUAAUAAACUUGUGGCUAUGAAGAAAAUCCGUCUAGAAGGAGAGGACGAGGGUGUUCCCUCAACAGCUAUCCGAGAAAUCUCGUUACUUAAGGAACUAAAGCAUCCUAAUGUUGUGCAAUUGGAGGACGUGAUCAUGCAGGAGAACCGUCUAUAUCUUAUAUUUGAGUUCCUUUCGAUGGAUCUUAAACGAUAUUUGGAUCAACUUCCAGCUGACAAGAAGCUUCCACCAAACGAAUGCAAAAGUUACAUGUUUCAGAUUUGCCAAGCAAUCUGCUUUGCUCACCAACGUCGUGUAAUUCAUCGGGAUUUGAAGCCUCAGAACCUUCUAGUAGAUGGAAAAGGUGCCAUAAAGUUGGCUGACUUUGGUUUAGCUCGUGCUGUAGGGAUUCCUGUCCGGGCCUACACUCACGAGGUAGUAACGCUAUGGUAUCGCGCACCAGAGAUUCUGCUAGGAACUCAGCGUUAUUCAACGGGUGUAGAUAUGUGGUCGAUUGGUUGCAUAUUUGCUGAAAUGGCAAGCAAGAAGCCUUUGUUCCAAGGAGACUCCGAAAUCGAUGAGCUUUUCCGGCUCUUCAGGGUUCUUGGAACUCCAACGGAAGCCGAAUGGCCUGGCGUAAGUGGAUUACCGGACUACAAACCAACAUUUCCGAAGUGGAAAGGCAGUUCGCUGGCGGAGAAAAUGGCAAACUUCAUGGAGCCUGACGCAAUAGAUUUGCUUGAGUCAAUGCUCGUAUACGAUCCAGCUCGUCGCAUCUCAUCGCGGAGGGCACUUCACCAUCCCUACUUUGAUGAUGUGGACACAUCCUGUGUACCUGCCGGAGCAUAUCGUGGAGAACUAGUGCUCGACUAG